GCAGAGAAAAGCAGAUUGGGGAGUGAAAGCCUGCAGUCACGUCACUGCCAAGGAGGACUCCUCCCCUCUACCUGAUCUGGAGUAUAAAGGAUACUUGUUUAGCAAAGGAACCACAUCACUGACUCCAAGGCACUGCUUUCAGUGUGACCACUUCUUAUCAUCUCCUUCUUGGCAGAUACUUAUUCAGCUCUGGCCAAACACAAAGCAGAAGCCAGAGGAAAGAGUGAACGUCCACGACCAUGUCUGCCGGCCUGGAACUCAUUGGGAUUGUGCUGUGCGUGCUGGGAUGGCUCCUGGCCAUUGUCUCCUGCGCUCUGCCCAUGUGGAGGGUCACGGCCUUCAUCGGAAGCAACAUCGUGACGGCGCAGAUUUACUGGAACGGCCUCUGGAUGAGCUGUGUGGUGCAGAGCACUGGUCAGAUGCAGUGCAAACUCUACGACUCCACGCUGGCGCUUUCCCAAGAUCUCCAAGCAGCCCGUGCCCUCACUGUCAUCUCCAUCCUAGUGGUCAUUCUAGCCAUGUUGGUGUCCAUCGCUGGGGCCAAGUGCACCAACUGCAUUGAUGACGAAUCAUCCAAGGCCAAAGUAAUGAUCGUGGCUGGAGUUCUCUUCCUUGUGGCUGGCUUCAUGCAGUUGAUUCCUGUCUCCUGGUCAGCUAAUACAAUCAUCAGGGAGUUCUACAAUCCCUUAAUGGCCACCCCGCAGAAGUGGGAGCUAGGGGCUUCACUUUACAUCGGCUGGGCCGCCACGGCUCUCCUGAUAAUGGGAGGAUCGCUGCUAUGUUGCUCUUGCCCUCCAUCCAGGAUGACUUAUUCAGCGUCCCACUCUGCAGCUGCUGGUGGGUACGACAGGAGAGACUAUGUGUGAGUCGGGAAAAGGAAACAAACUGUGUCAUGUACUGUUACAUGUUUGAGACAAGGGUACAAAUCUGCCUUCUCAGACUCUGUUAUGAAGGAGAAAACUGCUAUUUGAUUUGCUGAUCUCUGAAAAGAAUGUCUCAUUGUGAAACUGUAAAGAAAAACAAAACAACAACAACAAAAAAACCAGUUUAAAUAUGAUGGCACUGGAAGAGAAAAGCAUUUCACUGUGGACUAGGAAAUUUUUUUAAUGAAAUGUUUUCAUGCGUUCUGCUAUUUUAUGCAUUUUUUUAAAAAAAGGAAUUCAAAGAGUAAUCAGUAUUUUAAUAUAAUUUGUAAUUUUAGAUUGCUUUAGCAUUCAGAAGUAAAUCCAGCGUAAACAGAUAUGAAUACUUCUGUACAUUGUAGCUAGCCUUAUAAAAGGGACCUUGUGGUGCAGAAGUAUGGGAAGAAGGCCAGGAAGCACAAAGUGAACAACUCAUUGUGGGCAGUCAAGCAGAGAAGAACAUUUGUAUCAAGCUGUACCUACACUGAAAAACUGCCAUAUGCAUGACACUUUUUUUUUCUUCAAUUUUUGAUUAAACAGACUGAAGAUUUUUUUUUAUUAUUGUAUAUAUCAAGUUUUAAUGUAAUGUCAUGAGUGUAAUGAUAACAAUAAAUAUAAAUUUUGUGUAUUA